AAACACUCUUCCUCCGUCACGCACCGCGAUGCUCACCGUACAAAAGGCCUCAAAAUCUAGCGCACCACGGCUUGCCCGCCGUGUCGCACCCUCAGCAGUCGGACGCUGGCAGUCUGUCCGAGGACUCGCGACUCCGUCCGAGCCCUACGAUGUGGUGGUCAUCGGCGGAGGUCCUGGUGGUUAUGUCGCGGCCAUUAAGGCUGGCCAACUUGGUCUGAGGACGGCAUGUAUCGAGAAACGAGGUGCUCUUGGUGGAACUUGUCUGAACGUCGGCUGCAUACCUUCUAAGGCCAUGCUCAACAACUCGCACAUGUACCACCAGACUCAGCACGAUCUGAAACACCGUGGUAUUGAUGUCUCUGGUGUUAGCCUCAACCUCACGCAGAUGUUGAAGGCCAAGCAGGAUUCGGUCACUGGUCUUACGAAGGGUGUCGAGCAUCUCUUCAAGCAGAACAAGGUCGACUAUAUCAAGGGCACUGCUUCCUUCUCUUCUCCGACCACGCUCUCGGUCCAGCUCAACGAUGGUGGGGAGACGGAAGUCAACGCAAAGAACGUCAUCAUCGCUACUGGAUCUGAGGUCGCACCGUUCCCUGGCGGCGCCAUCGAGAUCGACGAGAAGCAAAUCGUCAGCUCGACUGGUGCAUUGGAGUUGACCGAGGUUCCAGGGAAGAUGGUUGUUAUUGGUGGUGGUAUCAUCGGUCUCGAAAUGGGUAGCGUUUGGAGCCGUCUCGGCGCCGAUGUGACUGUUGUCGAGUUCUUGGGCGGUAUUGGUGGUGUUGGUAUUGAUGAGGAGAUUGCCAAGCAGUUCCAGAAGACCUUGACAAAGCAAGGCUUCAAGUUCAAGCUGAACACCAAGGUCACCGGUGCUGAGAAGCGCGACGGCAAGGUCUUCGUCAACGUCGAGGGUGCCAAGGGCGGAAAGGAAGAGGUCCUCGAAGCCGACGUCGUCCUCGUCUCUGUCGGCCGUCGCCCCGUCACUACCGGCCUCAACCUGGAGAAGAUUGGCGUCGAAGUCGAUCCCAAGGGCCGUAUCGUCAUUGACUCGCAAUUCAAUACCACCGUCGCUGGCAUCAAGUGUAUCGGCGACGUCACCUUCGGUCCCAUGCUCGCGCACAAGGCCGAGGAGGAGGGCAUUGCGGCCGCUGAGUAUCUCCAUUCCGGUCACGGACACGUCAACUACGGCACAAUUCCCUCCGUCGUCUACACCCAUCCCGAGGUCGCAUGGGUCGGCAAGACCGAGCAGGAGCUCAAGGCGGACGGCGUUCAGUACAAGAUCGGCAAGUUCCCCUUCAUGGCCAACUCUAGGGCGAAGACGAACCUCGACACCGAGGGCCAAGUCAAGUUCAUCACGGAGAAGGAGACUGACAAGAUUCUCGGCGUUCACAUCAUUGGACCUAAUGCUGGUGAGAUGAUUGCGGAAGCCGUUGUCGCAAUGGAGUACGGUGCCAGCUCUGAGGACAUCGCACGCACCACUCACGCACACCCAACGUUGAGCGAGGCUUUCAGGGAAGCUGCUCUUGCCGCUUACACUGGCAAGGCUAUUCACUUCUAGUUAUAUUGCGUUUGGUUUGAGGGCUUUUGUGUGGUCGAUUGCGUGAAUAGACGAGACACGGCGAACCUUUUAUUUUAAUGAAACAUAUUUCUACAUCUCUGUCUGCUUGAGGCUGUUACAUAAGAUCAGAAAACCUGUUUGAAUAUGUCACCGAAAUAAGAGAAAACCAUGCUUUUGGCAAGUGAAUCGCUUUCGUUGAUGCCUGGCUUGCUCCGCUCGAUUGAAUGCUAGGCUGGUCGACCACUGCACCAUCACAAUCGUCGAUCUGACCCAAAUCUGACCUCGCCAUCCCCGUUCUGCUUCACUCUCGAUCCUCCGAGAUGUGAUCGUUCGAGCUCUAUUCAACGGAAGCUCAAUGCUUUGAUCCGUUGAUUUCACUGCUUCCGAAGGCCCUUCUCGUUCUCCUCCGCGUUUUCGUGUCUCUGAAUCUUCCUGCUUUAUUUCUGGGUUUUGCAAAGGUUUUUGAACAUGUUUUUAUGUGGUACGAAUGAAUCCAAGGCGCUAUCGUAUAGU